UUGUUUGAAUUCAUUCCAAUCUCGUGGCUCAUUUUCCGUCAUUACUUUCCUCCCCAAUCCCACCAAGUCAAACUUCCGAUCGCCCAUAAAACCGCCGGUUACUUCACCGGCCGGCGAUCGUCUCCACUUUCCGCUACUUGUAUUUCAACCCUAUCACCAGAUCUUCAUCUUUUCCGAUCACUUCUAUUUAAAACCCAAUCCAUAUAACCUAUAAUGAUUCACAUAAUCUAACUUAUGACCCUUAGAUUUGGCCUCAGACGUUCAAUUUCUACUUCUCUGGUCAAAACCAUGGCCCAGGAGUUCCACUCAUCUGCUCCGGCAACCGUAACGGCAACGGACGGCAGUGUAACGUCAACGACGAAUAAAUCUUUAUGGCCUUCUGUUCUUCGUUGGAUUCCGACGUCUACUGAUCACAUUAUUUCUGCUGAAAAACGCCUUUUAUCACUUGUCAAGACACCGUAUACUCAAGAACAGGUUAAUAUCGGGUCCGGACCACCAGGUUCUAAAGUCACGUGGUUCCGUUCCGCCAGCAGUGAACCAAGGUUCAUUAACACCGUUACCUUUGACAGCAAAGAGGGCUCACCUACUCUUGUAAUGGUGCAUGGAUAUGCGGCUGCUCAAGGUUUCUUCUUCAGAAACUUCGAUGCUCUUGCAGAACACUUCAGGGUGAUUGCAAUUGAUCAGCUCGGUUGGGGUGGAUCUAGUAGGCCGGAUUUCACAUGUACAAGUACUGAAGAAACUGAGGCUUGGUUUAUUGAUUCCUUUGAGGAAUGGCGCAAAGCCAAAAACCUUAGUAACUUUAUUUUGCUCGGGCAUUCAUUUGGAGGUUACGUUGCAGCCAAAUAUGCUCUUAAACAUCCGGAGCACGUACAACAUCUGAUUUUGGUGGGACCUGCCGGGUUUUCAUCCGAAACCGAACAUAAAUCGGAGCGACUCACUAAAUUCCAAGAAACAUGGAAAGGUGCUGUUUUGAAUCAUUUAUGGGAAUCCAAUUUUACUCCUAUGAAGGUUGUCAGAGGUUUAGGCCCGUUUGGUCCGAAUCUGGUGCGCAGAUAUACAAGUGCAAGAUUUGGUGAAUAUUCAACUGGUCAACGGUUGACUGAGGACGAGUCUACAUUACUUACAGAUUAUGUGUACCAUACUUUGGUGGCAAAGGCGAGUGGGGAGCUGUGUUUGAAGCAUAUUUUUUCGUUUGGGGCAUUUGCUCGGAGUCCUCUAUUGCAAAGAUCUUCUGACUGGAAAGUGCCAACAACUUUUAUAUACGGUGUCCAGGAUUGGAUGGAUUACUUACGAGCUGAUGAAGCACGCAAGAAUAUGUCUGUCCCGUGUGAAAUCAUACGGGUCCCGCAGGCGGGUCACUUCGUGUUUCUAGACAAUGUGAAAGGAUUCCACUCGGCAGUAUUGAAUUGUUGCCGUAGAUUUCUGCCACCAGAUCCAGGUAACUAUCCUCUGGAGGAAGGUGUUACCUCGGUAUAAUAUCACACCCUGAUACUACCUCGGUAUAGCAUAUGAUUGAAGAUAUUGACACAAUGUACAUUAACAUAUCUAUAAUUAUGUGAUUAUAUUUAAGCGUUCGUGUACCAUAUUAUUUCAUGACACUCGUUUUUCAUAAGCCCAUUUUGCA